AGAGUCACAUUUUACAUCUGGGUAUACGCUGAAGACCGAUCAAUAAAGUCGUUCUGUGAAGAUUUCUAAAUAUUCGAUUGAAGCCAAGAUGUCUACUGCCGCAGCCAAGUUUUGCACCAAAUGUCCAGGGGGUAAGUGCGGUUGCACCGGUGCGGAUUGCUGUACCGCCGACUGCAGAUGCUCAGGAUGUAAGGUCAACUGCGCGUGCUUUUCUGGGAAGAGUGCGACAUGUCCCGAUGGAGUUUGUCAGAUGGGAGUUGCAUGUGGAUGUGGCGACUCCUGCAAGUGCAGCGACGCAUGCACGUGUCCUAAUUGCAAGGCCGGAUGUAAAUGUGGAGGCGCCAACUUCGUGUGCUCCGAAAAUUGUCAGUCAGGGAAAUGCUGCGGAACCAAAGACUGCAAGUGCGACGGGGAGUGUGCAUGCCCAAAAUGCAGGUGCAACUGCGCAUCUGGGACUUGCACGUGCGGUGUGGGCUGUACUGGACCAAACACAUGCAAGUGUGGUGCAAGUUGCACGUGUAAAAAGUAAGCGAUGACGUCUUUGGAAAUCUGCAGACUGUGUUGGAUGGACUGUUCCAGUGUUUCUUCGCUGUUUGCGGAUAUUUUUCAAUUGAUAGCUGUUCAAGCUUGCUAUGUGUUACCCAAACACUUUGUGUGAUUAUUAUUGACAGCUCUCUCUAUUUACUGUUGAUUGUAUUAGUAGGUAGUAUUAUUCAAGUAUUGUUUUGUUUUUGUAUUAAGCUUUUUUAAAAUGCAAAUUUUUGCAAAUAAAUCAAGAUUUCUAUU